AUGCUGCCCUCGGCCACCCCGCUCCUCCAGGCGCCGCGCCCCGGAACGGGUGUUCCGGGUCCAUCCCCAGAGCGGUGUUUCCGCCCCUCCUACCGCCCCGCAGCGGGUAGUCGGGCCCGGAGCCGGCGUCCGCACUCCCCUCCUGCCCGGCGUAGCACCGCCUCUGGCCCGGGUGCAGAGGCCCGGCGCGCAGGCGGGGGGCGCUGUGGCCUCGGCGCGGGCACACAGCGGCCGGGCCGGACCCGCCUCUUUCCCCUCCCCGCCCACUCCCCACGCGUCGAGUCGCCGGGAAGCCGGGAGGAGAUAGAGCGCUCGGGCUCCACGGCGCUCGGCUCGCAGUCUUCUGGCCGCGCGAAGCAGAGCCAGGUGGCGCAGCCCGAGCCCGGAGCCGGGAGCCGGGACCUUCCCCGGCCGCCUUUGUCUGGGAGCGUGCGGCCUGGAAGCGCUGCUCUCGGGGGCCGGGCCUUGGUGGUGAGCUACACCACCAACGGCUACCCCACCGAGUACAUCCCCACCGCCUUCGACAACUUCUCGGCUGUGGUAUCUGUGGACGGGCGGCCUGUGAGACUCCAGCUCUGCGAUACUGCCGGACAGGAUGAGUUUGACAAACUCAGGCCUCUCUGCUACACCAACACGGACAUCUUUCUUCUGUGCUUCAGCGUGGUGAGCCCCUCCUCUUUCCAGAACGUCUGCGAGAAGUGGGUGCCAGAGAUUCGAUGCCACUGUCCCAAAGCCCCCAUCAUCCUCGUCGGAACUCAGUCGGAUCUGAGAGAAGACGUCAAGGUCCUUAUUGAGCUGGACAAAUGCAAAGAGAAGCCUGUGCCUGAGGAGGCCGCCAAGCUGUGCGCCGAGGAAAUCAAAGCCGCCUCCUACAUCGAGUGUUCAGCCUUGACUCAGAAAAACCUCAAAGAGGUCUUCGACGCGGCCAUCGUCGCGGGCAUCCAGUACUCGGACACUCAGCAGCAGCCAAAGAAGUCCAAAAGCAGGACUCCAGACAAAAUGAAAAACCUCUCCAAGUCCUGGUGGAGGAAGUACUGCUGCUUGGUAUGACGCGGCCAGGAACCCGGGAGGGCGGUUUUGGGACGAGGCCCUCAGUAGAAGCUAUAUUAGCUGAAGGACUCCUCUCAUGGUGUGGAACGUGUAUAGGGAACGUGCGUGUGGCACGGGUGGAGCUCUCCGUGUAUGUCUUUUUUCUUGCCUUUGAUAUCCUUGUUUGUUGGAGCUAAUGACUCAUUCUGCAAGAUAGUUCUGGAAACGUAGAGCUCUAGACCUCCGGAUUAAUUUAUAUCUAAUAUGGAAAAGACACCUCAAAUCUGGGUGUCGAGAAUGAAAUUUUUUUUUGCUACGUUACAGUGUACAGAAGAACAAAAGAAGAAGCGGUGUGGUUAACCCUCCUUUGACUAAGGGCUCCUUCCUGCAAGUGCGUUAUGUCCCUAGGCCAGCUGUGGUGAGAAUCACUCUUAGCUCUGAAACUCCGCACACUUUUAAAAAACUUUUUAAGGAACUGAAAUUUAAGAAAACAAGGAGAGACCUCUGCCAACAACACCUCAAACCAGUCCCUUUUGUCAUAGCUAAUACCUGGUUGCUUAAGAUCUCCAGUCAGCCAGCAGAGAACAUCCUAGGAGCUCUCUGGCACUGCGCAUACCAAAAGGAAAAAAUUGGUCAUUGGGAUUUUUCAUUCUUGGUCCAGUUGUGUUGACAUUGUAUAAGCAUAGCCAACAUGCCAUGUGGAGUAAAGCAAGUAUUAGUCAGAAGCGCUUACGUUUUCUUUAGGGAGUGAUUCACGUUGAGAUCAGAAUGUGGUAUUUGCUGUUUGUACGUGUGCACCAAACUGCCUAGAUCCCUGGUAGUCAGAACACUAGGGAGCAUCUAACGGAAUUGUUUGAAAACUUCCAAACUAUUUAAAUUAUCCCAUCUGCAGGGAAGUGGACACUCUUGAAAGGCCUGCAGCAAACGUUUGUAGGAGACAAAAUGUACUUUUUUCCCCUUAAGUCAGCCAAAAUGUAGACACACACACACACACACACACACACACACACGCACGUAUGUGGCUGUAUUUGCUGCUGAUUCAGACUUUUAAACAGUUAAUGAGAAAAAGCAUGGCCGCAAAAACAGAUGUGAGGGAAGCUCAGCUUCCUCUUUUUAUUACUUUUUUGAACAGAUCUCUUUUUGAUUAUAUCCUACUCAGUUAUGAUUUUAAGUAUAUCUUGACACAGUUUUGAAACCAUCUUAAAACACGAACAUCUCUUAAAACCUGUUUUAAACUGAGUGUCUCUUGAAACCUGUUAAAACAACCGGGCAAAGCCACAGAUGUCUUUCAGGGAACUGGCCGCAGAGACCAGGGAUGCGAGUCAUAGGGCGCCCGGGCCAGUCUGCUGUGGCCUGGCCAGAAGCGGGGUUCGUGUGCGGACCACAGCUCCCUCCCGCAGCUGCGUCCUUGUGGGGGACAGCCAGACAACCAUAUACUUGUGCAACACUUGUGUUCUUCAAGGUGGCAGUUCUUAGGGCUUCAUCUUCUGGAGAAAAAAAGUUCCAUAUCAGAAGAGUCGGGUUUUUUUACUUUGUGAUCCCUUGCUUCUGAGAUGCCAAAAGGUAGCCUACCACAUGAAUUACAAUGUCUGACUGUAGUGGGUGAAACAGAUUUACCAAAAUCAAUUCAGUAACUAGGGAAACUUCUGUAGAGCCGUGGGUAGAAAAUUCUUACCUUUCUGUGGGUCUUGCAUUUUCUUUUUUAUAUUUAAAAAAGCGUAUUUGUGUUUUUCUAUAGAAGAAAUAAAGGAUUGGGUUAGGGGCUUCUUUGAUCUGUGUUAGUAAAUAAAAUUAACGGAUUUCUUUGUUUAAAAACUAAAACACAUGGAUUGUUCACUAUUUAUUUUUCAUUAUUGAAAUUGAUAUCAGUCAUAGCUUCCCAAAGCAUUUAGUUAUAGCCUGAAUGACUACAAUUACGUCAUUUGUGGAAACGCUCCGAACAGGCUCUAAGCUGGCCUGCCUGGCUCACCUGUCUGUGAGCAGCCGGUUUCCCAGGCUGGGCUCUGUCUGUUCUGGGUGCAGAGGUGGGAGCGGUGGGAGAGUUACUUGGUGAGUAAUUUUAAACAGUAUUUUUAUAUUUAAGCAAAUGUCAUGGAGUACAAUGCAAAUUAAUUUUUAAGAUAGAACACAAGACUUGAAAAAGUUCAAUGCACGCGGCAGCAUAUGGAGCUGCUCUUGGUUCCCUGGGGUGAGGGCCACAGCCCCCUCUGCCUGGGGGCCACUGGUGGAAAGCUGGCCGUGGAGCGCCUGUGUGGCCCAGUUCUGAGAGCUUUACUCAAGUGGUUUAUUUUUAACCCAACUUGAUACGAUCCGUACCAUUAGCGCUAAAAAUCUAGAGGGUUGACAUUUAAACACAACCGUUUUUAACAUGUUGCUGCAUUUUACAGAUUAGUGAAGGUACGAUCGAUUGUAUUUCAGGUUUUCCUCCAUUUUUGUUCCUUUGUGUGAUUGGGCAGAAAAGUUUUUAAAAGUACGUGCUUGAGUUAAACAUAGAGUCGAUCCACUUCAAAGCUGAAACACUGUUCAACUUGGAGCUUGGUUUUGCAGAGAAGAUUUUAUGAGUUGUGCUUUAGAAAAUGCCACUUUAGCUGAGCUCCUACAGUGUAGGCCAGUCCUAAUUUAAAAAUACAGUAUACUUCCAACCUGUUUUAUCACUUUUUACCAUGUAUGUGGAAAUUAACCUUUUGUAAUAUUGUUCUCUGUGCUUGACAGACUUCAGGAGAAACCACCCAGGUAUUACAUAAGCCGAAAUGCAGGCACGGUCUUCUCCCCAGACUGUCGUAACCUGGUGCCUUACCAAGUUGUGCUGCUCUGUGUUCAAGUGUAAAUGAUGUUGAGCAGAACGUCGUCCUUGAAAGUGCUAUAAAUGAGGUGGUAUGAAAUAAAUUCUGACUUAUGGG